CGCAUCGUACAAAGUAUCGUAUACCUCUCACUGAUCAUAACACAUCGAGCAGUACUAAAUGUUAACUAGGACAACCAAAUGAUACCAUUACAUGCAUUAUACACACCCAUGAUACAGCCUGAACCUUUGGUAUGCUCGGAUGGUCAAUCCUUCCAGCCUGGACAUCAGUUCUCGCUGUCCUCAAGAUACUUCGUGGAUUGCGGAUGACGGUUAUGGACCUCAUGUUGCACUCGAUCUCACAAAGACCCUCCAUGACAACUUGGAGGGAAGGUUUUGUUCGGAGCAAGGCGCUUGUGCAAUUUCUUAAUGUGUUGGGCACCGAUGAGCGAGCAACUUCAGGCAUCGUGUCAGUUUACGGACCCCUUGCUAUUGUAAUGGUUGUUGACGAGGUUGACGCCGAGAUGGAGGCCAUUUUUCACAUGUCAUCAAAAGAUGUCACCCCUGAACUACUCCUCUCAUUUAAUCUCGACACGUUGUUGACAGAGCCAUUACAAGAAACCACUCCAUUGCUAUGUCGCAUUCUUCUGUCAGCUAUGCAGACGGUGCGGAGCUGUGAAGGAGCGCACGGAACUCAUGGUUAA